UCUACUGCAAAACAGCUGUUCAUCAGUGUUGUAAAAUACCCGAAUCAGUGUGGCGUGCUGUUUAAGAUCAGGGCGGCAUAAAAAAGUACUUUCUCGUAAUCCUUGCGGCUCCGUUCGAAAUGCCGCACAAGCGUAAAACCCGACUCCAUGUGAACCAGAGGAACUGCACCGCUCGACGUGUCCAAUUGGCACCCUCAGCACCGCCAACUGUCCACGUCGAAUCCUGCAACGGCCCUGGGGCGGAGAUCCCCGCGCCGGCCUGCCCAAAGGCCAAGGUGUGCGAUCUGAAGACAUCCCGCAAACCCUUUGCGGCGGACAAGUUGGCCGUGCCCCAGUACAACACCACCGUGCGCAAGCAGAACGAGGUUCGAAUCAUCUCCAGCGUCAUGCUGGACAAGAAAUUCAGUCCGGAGGGCGUAGCUUCAAUAGCUCCCAAGGUAACCCAGAAGAUGAAUUUCCCGCUGGAUCAGGCGGUCUUUCAGGAUCUGGUGAACCUGAACGUCAACGAUUCCAUUCUGGUGCCGAAAAAGACCAGGAGCACUGCCUCCAAGAACAAGACGUCCAAGGACACCGAACCGAACAAGGUCAAAAGCGAGCCCCAACUGGCCGACUAUGCGGAGAAGGUGGAACCCCUUGAGAUGGCCAUUCCGGAGCCAGAGCUCCACUUGGAUUUCACACAGGAACCCUUCGAUUUUCUCGGCGCUUACAAGAAGAUCUACCAUUAGAGUUACAUUUUAUUUAUAAAUAUAUCCGAGCCACAUGCCAGAUGGUGCGUUCUUAA